AUAUUCAAAGUUCAAUCAGGUGCGGCAUCGUCACGGCAUUGCUAUGUGGCACUGAAUUUUGCCCCAAUCAUGAUUGAAUUGAAUUGCUAAGAGAUAGUUACAGAACCAUCUAUAAAUGUCAACAAACCUAUACCUCAGUCACCAUUAUGCAAUCCAGCUCCAUCUUGAAUUAUUAAUUAAAUUGCUCUGUGAAUUGUUAUGUGGUUCUCUUUUUUGGGUUUUGAAAGAUGGUAUUGAAGACAGUAGAUCUUUUGAAGAAUGAAAUUCCAUUUGAGGAAGAAUCAGUAGUUUUAUCUGAAGAUGUCAAGACUGGUUUAGUUCUCGUCGACAUCAUCAAUGGCUUCUGCACUAUUGGGGCUGGAAAUCUGGCACCCACAGAGCCCAACAGUCAGAUCAAUGAAAUGAUCAAUGAAUCGGCAAGACUGGCAAAAGUGUUUUGCAACAAGAAAUGGCCAAUUCUUGCAUUUCUUGAUUCCCACCAUCCUGGAAAACUCGAACAUCCCUAUCCUCCUCAUUGCAUCAUUGGCACUGAUGAAUCCAAUUUGGUUCCUGCUCUGAAAUGGUUGCAGAAGGAACCAAAUGUAACGAUAAGGCGAAAAGAUUGCUUCGAUGGAUAUCUGGGUUCAAUGGAAGAGGAUGGUUCUAAUGUGUUUGUGGAUUGGGUGAAAAAUAACCAGAUUAAAACUAUAUUGGUGGUGGGAAUAUGCACAGAUAUAUGCGUUCUGGAUUUUGUUUGCUCCACACUUUCCGCCCGAAACCGAGGCUUUCUCACCCCUCUUGAGGAAGUCAUUGUCUAUUCUGGUGGCUGUGCAACAUUUGAUUUUCCAGUUUCCAUUGCAAGAGACAUUAAAGAUGCCAUAGCUCACCCACAGGAACUGAUGCAUCAUGUAGGUCUAUAUAUGGCUAAAGGAAGAGGAGCUAAGAUCGCAAGAGACGUGUCGUUUUGUGGGCUGGAGAAACCAUGAUUGUAGUAGUAGCAGUUAUUCAAGCCCUAAUGUUUUCACUUCAGGGUUUGUUACCCAGAGCAGAAUGGAUGUGUGUUCAUAGACUCAUGGAAGCUUCAGUAGCUAACUAGAAGGUUGUACUAGUAUGUAUCAUAUCAUCAUGAGAAAAUGGAGUUCAAAAAAAUAUCAUCAUGAGAAUAAUAUGUAAUUUGUGUGUGUGUCAUGAAAGUAAGCACAAACUAGAAUGUCUCUGGGAUUCUAAGGAUGUGUUGUUUGAAAUGGACUGUAUCUGGACCAAUUUCGAAUCUCAUGUUUGAAUGCAAAAGGAUGUUUUCGGA